AGCAGCACAUCUGCCACACAUCUGCACGAACAGCAUCCAACGUUUAGCAAAAAGCAGACUGUCGUAUAUCCGAGCCUUCGUCGGCAGACGCGAAGACAAUGGGGGCUUGAAUAAAAUCUCCAAUCGGGGGGUCGCGCCUUGUUAGCACCGCCAUUAGCCUCCUUUUACAUUCGCUGAUUGGUGAUUUACAUUUUGCGUCCAAAUAACAUCUUUACUGCUGUUUACCGAGGCCGCAGAGGGGCACUGGGCCGCUUCGUAUAAAACGACAGGGGCCCCGGGGGUCUGCAGAGUCACUCCAGCUCCAAGCUGCGCUCACACCGACGCACCGAGGCUCCUCUAAGAUGUUGGUGCUUGCGCUCACUUUCGCCGCUCUGCUGCGCGCCGCCGCGGCCUGGCCUGCGCUCGGCGGCCGGGGGGAUCGUUUCACCCUGGAGGGCGAGGCAGAGGAGGUCCGCUCAGCCGCCAUCAAGAGGCUCCUGGAGGUGUUCGGGAUGGAGGACCCCCCCGCUGUCCACGGGCACAAGCAGCCUCCUCAGUACAUGCUCGAUCUGUACAACACGGUGGCCGACGUGGACGGCGUGACCAGGGAUCCUUACCUGCUGGAGGGGAAUACUGUGCGCAGCUUCUUUGACAAAUUGCGCAGUGAACAGGUGGAGUUCAAGUUCAACUUGUCAACGGUGGCAAGAAGUGAGAAGGUCCUCACCGCAGAGCUCCAUCUCUUCAAGCUGCGCCCGCAGGCUCCCCUCACUUUCAGCAGACACCACUUCUGCCAGGUCAGUGUUUAUCAGCUGCUGGACAGCAGCAAAACCAACAGCACGCAGGCGAAGAAGUUGCUGUCUUCGCGACUCGUCCCGGUCCACUCAACAGGUUGGGAAGUGUUCACCGUCACGCAAGCUGUCCGCUCCUGGAUGGCAGAUGAAGGCAGCAACCUGGGGCUCCAUGUGGUGGUUAGGACGCUCGGAGGAAGCCAGAUGGACCUGAAACUGAUCCGCUUUGCCUCAGGGCGCCACCAUCACCCGAGCAAACAGCCCAUGCUGGUUCUCUUCACCGACGACGGCCGGCGCUCUGCUGCCCUCGACAGCACGAACUCCCAUGAGGCCAUUGCCUCCUCCUUCCUGCCCCAGACCCCCAAUGCAGUCAAGUCCUCGCGCACUGCUCGUUCCCUGGACUACGGUGAAGAGGGAGGCCACUCCAGGCACUGCCAGCGCCUGCCUCUGUAUGUGGACUUUGACGAGAUUGGCUGGUCGGGGUGGAUCGUGUCUCCCCGGGGCUACAAUGCUUAUCACUGCAAGGGGUCGUGCUCCUUUCCCUUGGGUCAGAACAUGAGGCCGACCAACCACGCCACCGUCCAGUCCAUCAUCAACGCCCUGAAGCUGAUCCGAGGCAUCGAGACGCCGUGCUGCGUGCCCGACAAGCUGUUUUCCAUCAACCUGCUGUACUUUGAUGACGACGAGAACGUGGUUUUGAAGCAGUAUAACGACAUGGUGGCUGGAAGCUGCGGCUGUCACUGAUAAAGUCUCUGGCUGCACAGCUUCUCAGACUCAAAUUUCAUUUUUACUCUUACCCAUCCUGUUGCCCUUUCACCACUCACUCAUGAGUAAAUGGGUUGAGCUCUACAAAUGACACUGUAAUAUAUGUAAAUAUUUGCAUAAAUUAUAAUAUAUGACUGU